GUUUUUUGCACGAACUCUGAGCACACAAUAACGGCAAUGUUAUGGGUCGAAUUGACUUUUCAGGAGGAUUCCACUAUAUCUACCACAUCAGUCGAUGAGAACCUAGAUCAACUCCUUCCAACGACCCCUAUUCCUGUUGCAAGCUCGAAAUGCAACAGUCAGUUGCUCAAGAAGAUCAUGCUCGAUGUAAGCCUUAAUAUCAUUCAAUUCCAGAAUAUCACGUCGAACUCGUCCGAAUCCAAGCGAAAAAUCAACGUGGCAGCUGAAGCACGGUUCGGUGGUAACGUGGAUGUAAUCUGCUCACGAGGACAUUUCUCCUACGUUUUCUCGUCUAAUCUAUACUGUGAAGCUUCCAAAGACCUCGUUACAUGCAUCGCUUUCCGACAAACAGCCAGCGCUUAA